UUGUGCAGGAGCAGCAGACUCCCCGCAGGGAUCCCCAGGGUUACACACACUGCUGUUUAGAUGGCUAACAGAAAGGAGUAAGUUAGUGAACGGUGCUGCAAACACUCUGUGAUCAUCCAGCGAGUGUCUCGGGGCACUUAUUACGAAAAAAUGGAGCAAGAAUUUGAAGAUAUUGAUUCGUCCGGGAGAUGGCAAAACCUUUACAAUGAAAUUCGUAACCAAGCCAGUGAAUAUCCUUACAAAGUGGCAAAACUUCCAGUGAAUCGUAAUUUGAACCGCUACAGAGAUGUGAGCCCAUAUGAUCACAGUCGGGUAAAACUUGAAAACUCUGAAAAUGACUACAUCAAUGCAAGUUUAGUCACCGUGGAAGAAGCCCAAAGAUCUUACAUUCUUUCUCAGGGGCCUUUGAGGAAUACCUGUGGUCAUUUCUGGCUGAUGAUUUGGGAGCAGUGUUCCAAAGCUGUUAUAAUGCUCAACAGAGUGAUCGAAAAGGGAUCUGAAAAGUGUGCACAGUACUGGCCCACCACAGAGGAGCUACAGAUGUCUUUCACUGACACGGGGUUUGUUGUCAGGCUACUUUCAGAGGAGGACCAAUCCUAUUACACGAUCCGAGUGCUAGAACUGCAAAACACAAUGACAGGCGAGUCAAGGGAGAUCUACCACUUUCACUACACCACGUGGCCUGACUUUGGUGUCCCAGAAUCUCCGGCCUCCUUCCUCAACUUCCUCUUCAAGGUGCGGGAAUCUGGCUCGUUGGGACCGGAGCACGGGCCCUCUGUGGUGCACUGCAGCGCUGGGAUCGGACGUUCAGGGACCCUCGCCUUGGUGGACACCUGCCUGGUGCUGAUGGCCAAGAGGAAGAACCCGUCAUCGGUGGACAUACAGAAGGUGCUACUGGAUAUGAGGGAAUACCGUAUGGGCCUGAUCCAGACCCCUGACCAGCUCCGUUUCUCCUACAUGGCUGUCAUUGAGGGAGCCAAACUCAUCCUGUCAGCCAACUCAGCAGACCAGCAGAUCAAGCAGACAGUGAUGUCAAGAGAUAGCUCGGAGCCAGAUCUGCCCCCUCCACCACCUCCCCCCAGACCGCACCUCAACGACAGCAGGCCCAACGGUCAGCCAGGACCCUGUCUGGAGCCGCAGGCCACCUCAGGAGACCAACCGCCAGUAGGAGAGCCAGACAGCCAAGACCACAACGUGGCAGAGAACUCGGGGCACGUAAGAAAGCGACACCGUGAGGAGAAGAUGGCCAGCAUCUCGCAGAAGGUCCAGCAGAUGAAACAGAGACUGAUCGACUCGGAGAGGAAACGAGACAGGUGGCUGUACUGGAGACCCAUCCUGCUCAACGUGGGUGCCGGGGCAGCUGUGGCCAUCGGCCUGCUGGUGUGCUGGAUGUACGCCCAGUGAAAUCUCUGGGUCACUUAAAACUGACUCCUAUUUUGCACCAGUACCUAGGAGUAGGUACUUCUCUAAGUAGAUGUAGAUGGUAUUAUGUGCAUAACUGAGGGUAUUUAUUUCUUAAGGUCAAAUGUGGGAGCGCUAGAUCAAAAUGAUUGUGUGUAUAUUUUUCAUUAAGAUCUUAACAAAAAUAGUAACAUCUCAGGAUCUUGGUGCCAGCACGAUGAUUUCAUUUCCUUUCCUUCUUGUCACUGUUGAUGAAUGUACUGUAUCAUAGCAAAUGGCUUUGAAAGAAACUUACUAAAGGUGCAGUACAAAGCAAAAAAAAAAAGAAAAAUCCGACAGGUUUGUUUUUGCAUUCUUUAUUUGUAAUGGUCAGAUGUGUUUUGAUCCUCUCUGGUUUUACAUUUUGCAUUUCAAAAUGACUUGUGUUGAUCCUACCACAAAUACGUAGGUCAGCUGUGGGGAUUUUUUGUUUUUCUGUCAUGAAAGUUGCAUAUCAUGCAUGCAUUUAGAGGUUUUCCAGAGCACCGCUCGUUCUUCCAUUCACACUCAGCAGAGCAUCCCGAUACGGUCAGAUAUAUAUUUUUGUGUGACUGGACACUUCAUGGGGAGCCGCCUCGCUGAUGUCUCAAACUCUGCUAGAAUGUUAGCCAUUUCUCUUAAACGAGCACCUUUUUUCAUAGGUUUUGGUUGGAUCAUACAAGCUGUCAGCUCCCUCACCGCUUACUGCGUGUUUUUACCCACUGGAUGGGUUCAUGUGUGUGUUUUCAAGUUGUCCCACUGUUUGUUUUUGAGGAAACCAAAGCAAAGCUGUCCGUUUUUUGGAACGCCUGGCAAUGACAAAACCCUGUACCCCAAUUGUGUGGAAUGUAUUCUCCAUUCUGACAUAACUGACAACUGCAUUACAAAGUGAUAGUCAUAGUAGCUUCGUGUUGCUUUUGACUAAUUAAUUUGAAUCACCAAAUUGGUUUUCAAUUGACUGGGACCAAUCUAAAGCGAUAAUAAUGCAAUUUAGACGCCGGGAACAGAGCAUAUUGGAUUCAAUUCUAGUAAGGAGAGAAUCUAGCAUACAUGUUUGUAUCUGUUUGCAGGUUGAGAUAGCUUUUCAUGUGCCUUGAAGUGAAUUAAAUGGCAAAAUGUGUGCUCCACUAGCAUCAUCAGUACUGAUCAAGGUUUAUACGAGCUGUUCCCACAUAAUGUGUUUGCACUGCAUCACUUGGUUUGUAGUAACUGGAGUUGUGAUACAGCAGAUUUGUAUCAGAGUUCACUGUGCAUCAAAUGUAUCAUUGGCAUGUACUGAGAUGAAACGGUGCAUUGCUGAUUGGCAAGUUCCCACUGUCGGACACAGCUUUUUUUACUGAGUUCUCAUUUAACCCGGAAGAGACACGUUUGACCGUAACAUUCCAUUCAUUCUUGUUUUUCCACAUAAGAUUUCAGGGGAGUUUUGUACGCUACUGAGCUGCAGUGAGAACAUGACGGAUGGCGUUUUGAGAAAAAAAAAAAGCAAAACAUGAAAUACUUCUUAAAAUAAAACAUUCAUCUUUUUCUACCAAA